AUGAUGACGAGGUUCUGGAUGGCAGGCGGCAAUGCACUGAGUCGGUUGCUGCCGGCCUUGCAUCUGCGGAUGUGCAGCUCCACAGGGGGUGUGGGCUCCCGCAAAGAGUCCCCAGUAGGUUCUGCGUAUGACGUUGAACAAAAAUUUGAACAACGCGAGAGUCGCAGACGAUACUCCGCUGCGAACACAUCAGGGCGGUCAAAGUAUAUCAGAGACAUCAUUGCCUCUCUAAAGUCUCAACCCAAGGCGGAGAUGGCUGCGAUAUUUGACAAGUUACACCCUCGAGAUAAACUUGACAUAUUACGCAUGCUUGGCCGGCGCUCUGCACGACGCGCUGCGGGCCUGCCCACAUACCGCAGUCAUAUCUUUGAGAGACGUUACUUCUUUAGGGAGGAAGAUCUAUGCGAGCAAAGCACGCUUGGUCGUGGUCCCGGCGGUCAGGCAACGAACCGAAGAAUGCAGACGGCUAUAGUAAAGCAUAAGCCAACAGGGAUCGUCGUAAAGUUUAGCAAGUUUCCUUCCUACUGGCUCAAUCGGAGAGCCGCGCGGGAGAUCCUGAAUUUUCGCCUUGAGGAGCACCUUUUAGGUCCAAGGUCGAGAAUAGUUCGCAGUAAACAACGGGAGGAGGCACGACGCUUGCGCCAUGUUCAAGCAAGGGAGAGAAUGGUGGAAAGGGGUAGAAUUAGUUCGGCUAAGAUGUCGCAGCAGCGUGGGUUUCAUGCAGUUCUUACAAAUGUGCAGCCUUUUCCUUUCGCUGUGCUGCUGCAACUUGGACCCGGUUAUAUGGAUCAUACCCUCUUUAUAUCAGACCUUUUUGAGGGCGAAUGCAAUCGAUGGUGGCCUUUGCUUGCAACGGCAUUUGCCCAUUUAAAUAAAGGUGUCUCUCAAAACGGGAGUGACAUUAACGAGGAUAGUACUGAGAUGGAAAACUUAAAGGUACCGGAAUUGUUCCGUUACUUGUUUCCGGUUGUCCCCUUUUCCUCACUGCCACCAACAUCGGUUGAAAAAUACGAGUGGAGUGAGGUUGAAAAGUGUGCUGCUGACGAGGUCGCCUUGCAGAAUGUGUUGCGUGCGCUUCGUUGCUUUGUUGAACUUUUUGGUCUGCACUUGCUGGAGGGACCGUUGCACGACGGCGGCGGUCACAGUACCCUUGUUCUUAUUAAGGAUGGUCUAAAUUGGGUCGAGUUCAAAGGACGUAUGGUGGCGUCCAAUGAUCGGAUGACUCCUCUCGCCCUCACCUGCUUUUCACAUGUGGUGCUGAGCCUUACACAACUGCGGCGUGCAGGGGAGGCGAAUGCCAUUGUGGCAUUCUUUUUACACGAGGCAAAAGCUGGUGUGAGGUGCCAGUGGGCAGCACAUGGCUGGAAUAAAAUGCGUCAUGUGAGAAGGCGUUAUGAGUUGCUUCAACAGCAGAAGAGUGGCCAAGCCGGAGUUUGUUGA